AUGUAUACAUUUUUUCAGCAAAGUUUAUUCAGUAAUUCAGCAUGGACAUGGAAUGAACAACGUAAACAGUAUUAUUUACACCAAUUUGACCGUAAACAACCAGAUUUAAAUUACAGAAAUAAAGACUUGGUUGAAGAAAUGAAAAACAACUUGAGGUUUUGGUUGGAUCUUGGUAUAGAUGGGUACAGAGUAGUUGCCGUACCGUUUUUGUUCGAGCAUCCAGACUUUUUAGACGAUAUCAGGAAACCAGAAAAACUUGCUGAAAAAGAGAAAAAUACUUAUGACCAGUAUUAUCACCCCAAUACAAUGGAUUUAGAUGAAACGUAUGGCAUGAUUAAUCAGUUUAGGGACGUAAUAGAUGAAUACACACUGAAAGAUGGAAAAAGCAGAGUUAUGAUAACUGAAGCAUACACUUCUUUGGAAAACACUAUGAGAUAUUAUGGUAAUGAGACCAAUUUAGGAGCACAUAUGCCAUUUAAUUUUGGAUUGAUCGAUCGACUUAAUAAAUAUUCGAACGCCACUAAAUUCAACGAAGCGAUAUAUAAUUGGUUGGACAAUAUGCCUGAUGGAAAAUGUGCGAACUGGGCGAUCGGAAACCACGACAAUCCGCGCGUGGCCACCCGGUUUGGCGGCGAAAUGGUGGACGCCAUGAACAUGCUGAACAUGUUGUUGCCCGGCGCCGCGUUCACGUACAUGGGCGAGGAGAUCGGCAUGUCGGACACGGCCAUCCACUGGGACCAGACCGUGGACCCGAGGGGACGGAACGCUGGGCGCAGCGGUUUCCAGACAUUGAGCAGGCACCCUGCCAGGUCGCCGUACCAGUGGGACGCCAGUUACAAUGCCGGGUUCACGGUAUCCUUUAAUCCGUGGUUACCGGUGAACCCCGAAUACUGGAUGGUGAACCUGGAGUCACAGCAGAAGCCUUACCCCAGCCACUACAAAGUGUACAAGCGGUUGGCCAAGCUCCGGAAGACCCGGACGGUGCAGCGCGGUUCGUUCGACGGCAAAGAGCUGUCCCAGUGGGUGUACGCGUUUACCAGGUCACUGCCGUCAGCAGAAACUUACCUGGUGGUAAUGAACGUGGGCUCCGAGUACGAAGAUGUUGACUUGAGUAAUUGGCCAACUUUGAAAAAAGACGAAGUGUGGCAGGUACACACGCCAAGCGUCGAUGCACCAUACGUGGAAGGAUAUUCAUGUGAAACAAGAUAUCGAUUACCAAUGCCACCAAAAUCUGCCAUGGUUUUGUGUAACAAAAAAUCAUCAUCAUCAUUCUCCUCUUCGCCACUGAGAACAUCAAAAUGUCCAUGUAGUCCACUGGUGUUUCCAAUGGCUAUUGUCACUGGAAUAAUGGUGUUGGCCACCUGCUGUUUCAUAGCUGUAAGCGUUGAACUUAUUACAAACAUCAAUGAGAUCAUAGACAUCACAGCCACAUAUAGGUAA